AAAAAGUGUUAGAAAAAUUUGCAAGGUGGUUGACACUUUCUAUAAAUUACCUACUUAAUAGUGAUAAAUUGGUAAUGAAAGAUCCUUCAUAUAUCCCAUUAGAACAAGCCACAUUACACAUCCAAAAAUAAGAAAAAAAAAUGGUUUGCUCCUCUCAUCCAAAAACUUCCCUAAAAUCAUCAUCUACUAGCAUAAACUCUAUGAAGCUUAAGAGCUUAGUACAAUCCUUUAUUUUCUCCCACAUAUAUAGAGCUAUAGCGAAAGCGAAAUCAUUAUUAUUACAAAUUAUGAAGAAGAAGAAGAAUAAUGUGAAGUUGUUUGUUGGUUCAUUUAGGUUGCAUUAUAAUUGGUGUUCUUCUCAUGUGAUGCCAGUGCCUGUUCCAACAGCAUUUGAUGUCUACUAUGAUUCUACAUGGAAUUCUAUUAUUUCUAGUGCUUGUGAUGAGUCUGAACUCUCUGGCUAUCUUCAAUGGCUUGAAGAAAAGGACAAUAAUGAUAUUGAUAAGCUUGCUGAUAUGUUCAUUGCAAAUUCACAUGAAAGGUUUAGGUUGGAGAAAGUUGAAUCUUAUAGAAGAUUUCAAGAAAUGUUGGCUAGAAGUGUAUGAUCCAAUAUUAUUUUGGUGGUGUUGUGUGUUUUCAUAAUUUUCUCAUAUUUUGGAGGGUGCAUGAAUUUUUUUUACUUUGUUUAAAUUUAGAGAGUUAGGUCUUGUGGGAUUAUAUUAUAACCAUAGAAUAUGGAGUAAUGAGAAGGAAAAUUUGUUGGCUAGAUGGGGUUAUGAUAAUUGUGCAAUUCUUCUUAUUGCAAUAUGUUUAUACCUUUGAGAUCUGAAAUUUAUUACAAUCCUUCUACUAUAUCAACAAUUUCAAUCAAUUUUUAUU